AUGCCCGCACAGAUCAAGGACUUUAUCGCAACAACGGACCCGUUGAUGCAACUGUUAGACGAAGAAGAGGAUGACUAUGAGCUUCUCAUAAAACAGGAUAACCGAACCAUGAGCAACAGCUUGACGAGUUCAAGGAAACAAACGAGCACCUGGCACCUGCUGAACUGGAACAAGGAUAGUAGGUGGAAGGCGAUGCAGAAGAAUGUGGAUGAGAAUAUCGCGCUUCACGCCUCAGGCGACUUGAUGUUGGCGGAGCUGGAAGAGAAGCUGAAGACGAAGUGGAUGGCAGUGAAGAAGAGGAGUUGGGAAGACAAGCGGGAUGUCAUAGGUAAGCUUUACGAGGAACUCGACAUGAUAUUGAAGAGUCAGAAGGAGUGCCGCAAGCCACUCGAGGAGGAAUUCGCGCGAGCGAAGGCUCGUUUGGCGGAGAUUGAAAGAGAGAGUGGUGGAACAUAG